CUCUCUGACCCGAACAAUAAAAUAAAUUAAUUAAUAAAUAAAUGUCCAGAAUACAGAACCCUAAAUCCCCAACUUGAGGAGCCGCAAAGAUUAGUCAAAAUCCAAAAACUAUACCCUUCGCGUUAUUGUUGAACUGUGCCUGCAAGUUAAAUUCUCUCUCUCACGUUCAGUCCAGUCUUCUAUAACUAUUUAAAUUAUAUAUAUAUAUAUAAAUAUAUAUCUCCUUUUCUCCAGGAUGCAAAGUUUAUGGCGAAAACCCAUCAUUCCCCUCCAAUCCAAUUCCAAAACCCCAAAUUCCCAAUCUUCCUCACCAACUCUCACCAAAUCCCAUCUUUUCGGAGACCCCAAUCCCAAAGACGUAGCUUUCUCCGAUGGCCACCGACGCGUCGCCCAAGUUCCAGAACACGGACUUCCGACCGGUGCCGCAGUUGCCGGACUUCCACCCUGAGAUCACUGUGGCGCCGCACGACGGCCUCCACUUCUGGCAGUUCAUGAUUGCCGGCUCCAUCGCCGGCUCUGUCGAACACAUGGCCAUGUUCCCCGUCGAUACCGUCAAGACCCACAUGCAGGCCCUCGGCUCCUGCCCCAUCCGCUCCGUCGGCGUCCGCCACGCCUUCCGUUCCAUCCUUAAAUCCGAGGGCCCAAUGGGACUCUACCGCGGCAUUGGCGCCAUGGGCCUCGGUGCCGGCCCGGCCCACGCCGUCUACUUCUCCGUCUACGAGUUCUGCAAGAAGUCCCUCUCCGGCGGAAACCCUAACAACUCCGGCGCCCACGCCGCCUCGGGGGUUUUCGCCACCGUCGCCAGCGACGCCGUGUUCACGCCCAUGGACAUGGUCAAGCAGAGGCUUCAAUUGGCCAACAGCCCCUACAAGGGGGUCUGGGAUUGCGUUAGUAGGGUUCUGAGGGAGGACGGGUUUAGGGCUUUCUACGCCUCGUACAGGACGACGGUGCUCAUGAACGCGCCGUUCACCGCCGUCCAUUUUGCCACCUACGAGGCCGCCAAGCGGGCAUUGACGGGGGUCUCGCCGGAGAGCGCUAGCGAUGAGCGAUUGGUCGUGCACGCAACGGCCGGGGCUGCCGCCGGAUCAUUGGCUGCGGCGGUGACUACGCCGCUCGACGUGGUUAAGACUCAGUUGCAGUGUCAGGGUGUGUGUGGUUGUGAUAGAUUCAAAAGUGAUUCAAUCAGAGAUGUUAUAAAGACAAUAGUGGAAAAGGAUGGUUACAAAGGGUUGGUGAGGGGAUGGACUCCAAGGAUGCUUUUUCAUGCUCCAGCUGCUGCAAUCUGCUGGUCUACAUAUGAAGCCGCGAAAUCUUUCUUUCAAGAUUUGAACAGUAGAUCUAGUAGUGGCUCAACCUGAAUAAUAAUUUUGAAGAUGCAAAAGAGAAUUCUUGUCUUGGCAUUACAGAUUACAGAUACCUCUGUAAUUUUGAAAAAAACCAUAGAUGUCCCUUCACACGAGGGACUACUAAGCAGGGCAAACAAGCAAAGCAAUUUUCAUACAUUUGAGUAAACGGUGCUAGUCAAAUUAGAUGCUGAGGCUUAAAUUUAGAGCCCGUUUGAUUCAUGGAUUAGAACCAUUUUUUAUUUACGUGUAUUUUUUAUG